GAAUCAAAUACUCGAAUACCAAAAAGGAAAGGUUUCCUUUAGUUUCUUUGAUCAAUGAGCUUACCAGGGUUCUUCAUUAUCUGUAUGCUCCAAUCCAUAGUCGCCAUCACUUGUGGAGCUUUAAUGAUGUUUUACACUAAGGAAGUCAUAGUUUUGGGUCACGGUCAUGAAAUAGCAAGCAAAUUGCAAGGUUCAACGCCUCAUGAUCAACUCUUGAUCCAAACCUCAGAAUCCUUUUCUGGGUUGCUUUUGUUCACUAUUGGUUUCGUGUUGUUCAUGGUGGCAUUCGUUAAAGAUGGAGAGUUCCAAAGCUUCUUUGCUAAAGGGUGUGUGUUAGUUCAUGUUUCUAUGGCUACUUGGAGAGUUUGUUUUGAAGGAAAGCUUCUGGGUUUUGGUCAUGAAUGGCUUAGACAAGCUCUUGGGGAUAUUGCUUUGGCACUUUCUUGGAUUUUCCUUUUGGUGUGUUCAUGGAGGGAAAAAUAUGAUUAGUUUGAUUGAAAAAAAGAAUAAACUGUAUGUUCAUAGUGGUGGGGAUUUCUGGAAUUUCAAUCCAAACUGAUCAAAUCUGAAUAGAAAUUGCAAUAGCAUGUGUUUCUGGAUUUGUGUUCAA